CUCCAAGGCGAUGACUAUUUUGAACGAAAUACAUAUUUACUUUCUGUUUCAUAAAAAUAUAAAUAUUGAAUCUUAUUCAUACAAUCUUACUUAAUAUAAAUCCACUAUUUAAAAAAGGUAUAACUGGUAACAGUGUAACUUAUCACUCAAGCUCAGAAAUAUGGUGUUCUUACACCAUGAAUGAACAGCAGUCUGUUUUUAUGGUCAGUGAGCUUUCAAUAAAGAAUUUCCUUUAUUCUCCUUCCCUUAGACAUUUUCUAUUGUUGACAUAGGAAACCUAUCGUUUGUUCUCUAAUUAGAACAGGAUUCCUUUUUGGAGCUUUUUCUAUCUAAAGUUCGAUAUCUUUUUAACACACCUGUUUUUUUGCCAAAUUCUCCCUUUAACGCUUUACAAUAUGUCAGGUCCUUCUCCAUCUAGGGAGUAUAUCAAUGAAAAUGUUACUCCAGUUCUUUUGGAGGGAAUGAAAAUUCUUGCUCGAGAUAGGCCUGAAAAUCCUCUCCAAGUACUGGGCCAUUACUUGUUAGAAGCAAGCCAAAAUCAACAACAGAGAAAACAGUCUGGAUCAACGACCUCCGAAUUCCAGUCUCAGCAACCGGUUCAACACAUGAAUCAUAUGAAUUCGACGUCUACUCUAAAUUCGAAUUCCCAAUUUCCUUCUACGACGGAUGCUUCGCAACAUAUUCCUCCCACUGGAGACACGUCAUCAGGUCCUUAAAAGUUUUAAUUGUUGUCCAUUCUUAGAAUUGAAGGAUUCCUUUGGAGAAUGUGAUCAUAAAUUGGGUCAGAUCCAAUUUAGCAGAACUUCCUAACACUUUUGAAAAGUAUCCAACGAAUCUAUCAUGUACAACACCGGGGAUUUGAGUCGUUAACAUAAAAAUGAUCUUUUACUUUUAACCUUUGUUUUUGGACCCUUGAAUGUCUUUCUCCACCGUUUUCAUUAUGAGAAGUACUUGAAUGAGAUAUGGGGUGUAAUUACAAAUUAACACUGGGAGGCCCAAAAGACUCCCUAUAAUUCACGUCGAUUCUCAUAUGUACGAUUUGCAUUCAAACUAAAAAUUUCCCACAUUCAAAAGGAUCGUAAAGUCUUAUAAAUGACCUUGAUAAUAUUGGUUACUCUUAAGAGCAAAACCGUUGUUAAGACACAGUUAAUAUGGAUAAAAGGACGACUUAACUAACCCCUGAUAUCUGCAUAUACGCCUUAGACUAUAAAGAAGGAUUGCUGCUAGCUUCAAAUACUUUCUUUAUAUAUAUAAUUGCAUCACAUUUGAUGAACUUGUUUAUUGUAAUACUACUUUUGAGCCUAGUGUCAGGUUGUUGAUAUUUGUAUAUUUUGCUUUCCCUAU